AGCCUCUUCCCCACUGUUAUCAGAUUUGUGAACCUCUCAUAUAUUUGGAGUUGCUCUUUCUCUGGACCUUCUCUGUAGCUGUAACACUACAUUCUAUAUUCUGUUCUAUUACCCUGAGGUACUUAUUCAAGAUCUCCAUGAUUUGUAAGGCACACACCAAUUUUCACUCUUGGUUCGAGGCAUCGUGAACAAUAAUAAAUCACAUCAAAUCAAAUCAAAGGUUGAGGAGAAAGCUGUAGUGACACAAAUGCAUUGUCCAACUAACACACCCCUCCUUAAGCCCGUAUCCUCUUCUGCGAAAAUUAAUAUUGAUGCUCCUUCCAGUCCCCUUUAAGAUAAAACGUUUCAGUUUGUAGGAGCGUGUAAAUAUUACGCUUUUGUAUUGAAAGUUGGGGGGCAAAUAUGUAGAGAUACAACUACAUUGUCCAUGGGUACCAGAACUGCAACAUCCAUUGCGUUAUAUUUCAAAACGAACGAUAAAUAUCAUAACAAAGGUUGCUUCAGAGUGUACAUAAGGAGCGUUUAGUGGAACUUCCACAGAUCACUGUGCGGUCGAUUUGCAGACGUUUACGCAACUUUAACAAACUGGUGACUGCUCAGAUGCUGAGGGGGUUGUGUUCUCCUCAGUCCAACCUGCCUGGGGUUUUCCUGCGUCAUUUGGGGUUUGCUCCUAUCUCUGCUGCUAGCCCCGAUGAGUGAACCUCCGGCCAGAGGGUGAAGUAGUCAGCGAUGACCCGUUCAGCAGCAGUGCACACGGACACUGGCAGCCCGCUCCCUGAAGCGGAGGUGAGGAGCAGUAGCAGCAGCAGCAGCAGCAGCAGCCCAGCAGAAGUGCCCCCCAAUGAACCGCCCGAGCCUCCCAGGAGGUCCCUGCUCAGGCUGCUCAUGCACAGCGGCCUGAUGUUCGGCAGGGAGUUCUGCUACGCUGCAGAGGGAGCGUUCGCCACGCCGGUGCUGCUCAGUGUCGGGCUCCCUCGCAGCCUCUACAGUCUGGUGUGGCUCCUCAGCCCCUGCCUGGGCUUCAUCCUCCAACCCAUCGUCGGCUCCGCCAGCGACUACUGCCGCUCGAAAUGGGGCAGGAGGAGACCUUACAUCUUGGCGCUGGGGAUCCUGAUGGUGCUCGGAAUGACUCUGUUCCUCAACGGAGACGCGUUGGUAACAGCCACCAUCAAAAACAGGAAACAAAGGCAUAUUUGGGGUGUCCUGAUUACUGUCUUCGGCGUGAUCGUCUUUGACUUUUCGGCUGACUUCAUCGACAGUCCUAUCAAGGCUUAUUUGUUUGAUGUGUGCUCCCAUGAGGAUAAGGAGAAAGCCUUACACUUCCACGCACUGUUAACUGGCCUUGGAGGUGCUGCAGGCUAUCUAAUUGGUGCCAUUGAAUGGAGAAAUACUUCCCUGGGUCAGAUAUUAGGAUCUGAAUAUCAAGUCAUUUACAUUUUUGCUGCAAUUAUUUUCAUUGUACUUCUAAUAAUACACAUGUUCAGUAUUCCAGAAAUUCCAUUUGGUCAAGAUGUAGGUUGUCAGCAGUUACAUUUAUUAGAACAUAAUACUCCUACCUAUGGAACCAUCGAGAGUCCUGCAAGUGGUCAAUAUAAUCAAAAUUCUUAUAAUUCACGAUCUUUGUCAGUGAUAGGAAAAUUGGAAGGUAAUUCGCAAAUCACUUGCAUAAAACCAUCAGAAGAAAAGGGAUCAAAACAUGUAACCCUAAAGUCACUAAUUAAAGCUCUGCUCAGUAUGCCUUCUCAUUACCGUUCCUUGUGUGUAAGUCACCUUAUAGGAUGGACAGCAUUUCUCUCAACUAUGCUAUUCUUCACUGACUUUGCAGGGCAGGUAAUGUAUAAAGGAAAUCCAUAUGCAGAACACAACUCUACCUCAUACCUUACUUACGAGCGAGGUGUUGAAAUAGGAAGUUGGGGCUUGUGUAUUAAUGCUAUUUUUUCAGCAAUUUACUCAUAUUUACAAAAGAUCAUUUUGCCUGUAAUAGGAUUGAAAGGAAUGUACUUUGUUGGAUAUUUCCUGUUUGGCCUUGGAACUGGAUUAAUUGGUCUCUUUCCUAAUGUUCUGUCCACACUGCUCCUCUGUACAGCUUUUGGGGUGAUGUCCAGCACUCUUUACACUGUGCCCUUUAACUUGAUGGCUGAAUACCACAGAAAAGAAAAGAUUGAAAGAACAAACAGUGCAACACCUUUGAAUGAAAGCAGGGGUAAAGGCAUCGACUGUGCUGCACUCAGUGCUAUGGUGCAGCUGGCACAAAUCUUGGUCGGAGUGGGUGUUGGAGCCUUAGUAAAUUUGGCUGGCACUGUGAAGGUUGUUGUAAUUACUUCAUCUGCCAUCUCAUUAUUUGGUUGUUGCUUUGUCGGAUUGUUUGUCCAAUAUGGUCAGUGAGAACAUUAUCAAAACAAUGUAAAUACAGCAAUAAUCUUUUUUUUGUAACUUUGUGAAUUAAUAUAUUCUGAAUAUUCUGAAUUUUUAAGCAUGCCUUACAUUGAAUUUUCCCCAAUACUUCCAGCAGACUAUGUUUCUGAUAAUGGUAAGGUGAUCCUGUAAGGUCUGAGUCCUUACUAAUGGUUUCUGUGGGACUAAUUUGUUUGUUGAUGUGUGUGUGGCAAAGGCCACUUAAGGAAAUGUGACAGAGUAGUGAGUAUUAAACCGAGCUGUACUGGCCAGGAAAGCAAUAGGAAAGGCAAAUUGCCUAGAUUCAUGAUCCUGAUAACAUCCUGCACAUUUUUACUGAAAAACACGUGGUCAGAUGUCAUGAUCACCCUCUCAGACUGAUUCCCUGAUAUGGUACUCUGGGCAUGAGUAAUACUGUUUAUUCAUUCAUAAUAUGUCGAGUUCACUGACUAAGACAGUCUUUAUUGCUCAUCCCUAAUUGUCUUGCGAAGGUGAUGGGAAGAGAUUACAGAGCUUUGGGAAGCAAAGGGAUCUUAAUUUCCUAGUGCAUGAACUUCAUAAAGCUAGUAUACAGGUACAGUGAGGAAUUUGGAAAGCUAACAGUAUGUUAUUAUUUAUUGCAAGGGGAAUUGGCAAGAAAAGUCAGGAGGUUUAAUGUAAUUGUCCAAGAUAUCUGGAGCACUCUGAGUACUAACUGAUCUGUUCGAAAUGGGUUAGAAAUAAUUGAGAAAAGGAGAAUAGCUUGCUGGGAAUCCUGAGGAAUUUAAUAGUAGGUCAGGGACAGGGACUGAAUAAAAUUAGCAUAAGCAAAACAUUGCCAGUAAGGAAAUUAAUGGAAUUAGAGAGAGAAGGCCCCAGAGUGAUGGUUUCCAUCUAAAAGGGUUAAUGGAAGUAGGGGAAUAUAUUGUCCGUGCACUUACGACAAUCUUUCAGUGUUCCAUAGAUACAGCAGUCGUCUCUCUAGGUUCAAAAAUUGCAUGUCAUUCCACUGUUUAAGAAGCACAGAAGAGAAAACCCAAGGGAAUUUCAGACCAGUCAGCUUAAUAUCUGUGUUGGGGGAUUUGUUUAAUUUUACAUCUGAGAAAGAUAAAUAUUUGUUAAGCAAAGAUAUUAAAAGAUAUGGGCAAUGGUGUUAAACCACAGGUUUUAAAGCAAAGGUAUUAAAGGUACUAAAAGAUAUGGGCAUGAUGUUAGCCCAAAAAUCAGCCAUGAUCUCAUUGAAUGGUAGCACAGGUGCAAGGUGCUGAAUGGCCUGCUCCUGUUCCCAUACCCCGACAUCUACACCUGAACUGCAUAGAAGGUCAAGUUUAACAGGUGGUGCCUGUAAUUUUCCCUCCAUGUUAUAUAACCUCCUGCCUUGAAAAUUCUCCAUCAGCACUGAUCUAAAAUCCUGGUACACUCUACCUUACAGUCUAGAUGUAUCUUCACCAUCAGACUGCCAGUAGCUCAAGAAGGGAGCUUAACACACUUUCACAAGGGCAGCUCAUGCUCAAUAAAUGGGCAAUAAAUACUGGUCUUACCAAAAAACACAUUUCUCAGAAAUUUAUAACAUCCCCCAUAAUUUACUUUGAACUUUAGGAGAACAUCUUCAGGCCCAGAGUUUGAUACAAAACCACAUGCAAUCAUUCUAUACAGUAUUUUAGAAACAUACAUUACUGAAACAGAAUUUUGCGAAGGGAAACAUACAGUCAAAAUAUUUGACCCUGCUUAAUUUCUAUUGUCGCUUAUAAACAUAUCACAGGAUUGGCAUGUUCAAUUUACAUACAAAAUGGCACAUUCACCCAUCCUCGCACCACUUUUCAAAAACUAAAACUAAAGAAGUUCUUUUCGAAAGAAAUAUUUUUAUUAAAAAAUGAGCAAAAAGUAUUAUUUUCAAAUUUAGGCUUUUGCUAAGCCACUUAACAAAUAAUGCAUCUAGCCUUAUCGAUGAGCAGUUCUGAUAAUGUGUGCAAUUAUAUUUAACCCACAAUAUGUGUACCUGCAAAUAUUAUGUAACUCAUUGAAUCUUCAAUUCUAUCGUAACAUAAUCUGAGAAUUAUUUUUAAUGUUGAACAAUUUAAUAAAAGAAAGGACUUUUAAACAAAAGACUCGAGUACAUUAUAAUGUCAGUAGGAACCUUAUUAAGCAGGUUUCAUUUCUCAAUGAUU